AUGGGGAAAUUAAAGAAUAGCAACAAAUGGUUGUCUCUAUGCAACUCUUUUUCUGGAGGUAUAUUUUUCGGUGCUGCAUUGUUACACUUGUUUGUUGAUAGUAUAUCUCAAUUACAAAAUGUAAUAUCUUAUCCUAUUGCACCAUUAUGUCUUUGUGCUGGUUUCUUAAUAACUUUCUUUCUCGAGCUUUUCCUUCAUAUCUAUUUAGAACGACAUCCUAAAUUAUUAAAUAGUAAUAUUAAUAAUAAUAAUAAUAAUAAUAAUACUUCCUCUUCUUCAACGAUACUCCAUCAUCAACAUCAACAUAUUAAUAAUAAUAAUCAAUCAACUUUGAAUUUUGGAAAUACAAAUUCCAAUACAACAUUUAAUUUUCUAAAUUCACCAACUAAUAAUAGAAGAUCUAUGAUACUUGAUAGACCAUCAACACCAAAUAUAGUUAAUACAUUGGUAUUUACUCCACCACCAAACCAUCGUACAAAUGUUGAUAAUGACAAUGAAUGUACUCCAAUGUUAAGUGACCAUAAUAAUAAUAAUAAUAAUGAUGAUGACGAUAAAGAAGAUGAAUCAAGUGAUAGUGGCGAUUAUAUUCCAUCAUCAAAUCAUUCAUCUAUUUAUUUUCAAGAUGCUUUGCAUUUAAGUAGCACAAGUAUACAACAACAACAACAAGAGGUGACUAAACAAGAAACAACUUUGACAAAUCAAAACUAUUUAUUACCAUUUAUAUUGGUAUUUGGUCUAUCUGUUCAUUCACUAUUUGAAGGUUUGGCAUUUGGACUUCAAUCGACAGUACCUAAAAUAUUGGAUUUAUUGGUAGCAGUAUUUAGUCAUAAACUUUUAGCUUCAUUUGCACUCGGUGUUAGUACCAUUAUAUAUAGUAGAUCAUUGGUUAAAAUGAUCUUGAUCCUAUUUAUAUUCUCAAUAUCUUCUCCCAUUGGAGCCUCGAUUGGUAUUGUUUUGGUGGAUUAUAGUCAAAUUGGUAAUGUUGUACCUCCCAUUUUACAAGGUUUGGCAAGUGGUACCUUUCUCUAUAUUUCAUUGGUUGAAAUUAUUCCAAAGGAAAUUAAAUCAGAUUCUGAAAAUGUCUUUAUAAAAUGUCUAUUAUUAUUAUUAGGUUGGUCGCUUAUGGCAGUUAUAGCAAUUUGGAUUUAA